GCAUUUUUUCGAUUUGGACGACAGAACGUAAAUGUAAACCGUGAAGAGGUUAAACACACGUCUGGUAUUUUUUAUGACCGUCAAGACGUGCAGUUUAAUAAAAUAAAAAUUGUGGAAUAAUUCACACAAACAAUCUUUGUUUUAUGAAUCGUUUCGAUCCAGGAAUACUUACUUUUUUAUUAUAAAAGUUCUAUUAAUUCGAUCAUUGAAGUUUACACGAUUUAACUGUUAUUAUCUCGUCUUGCAGGAAGAAGAUGUAAGAAGUUACAACAAUUAGUUUAAUCACCAUGGCUGUUUUUAAAUCGAAACAAACUGUCUAUUUAGUGAAAAUAAUUGGAUUGUCCAGAUAACGUAGAGCUUCUUUAAAUUAUAAACUAUAUAAAUAAUGUCCUUAAGAAUACGUAUAGCUCGCAGCAAACCAAUUAGACUUUUGGGGAAUGUAGCUAUGAAGUGUUGGGCCUUCAGUGGAGUUUAUAUCCUUGUGUGCUUUUUUUUAUAUUGGUUAUAUGGUGGCAUCUUGGCUUUCUUCUUACUGUGUUUUGCUACAACUGGAAUACUUUAUCACAGAGAAGAUCAACUUCUCUAUCAUCCGGAACUGCCAUCCCAUUCAAGAGUUUAUGUACCAGCUCCUUCACUAUUUGGUUUGCCAUAUCAAAGUAUAUAUACUAGAGCUGGAGACGGUACAAUACUGCACAUGUUUUUUGUUCCUCAGCCAGAAGACAGAAUGAGGAAGGCACCUACAUUGUUAUUCCUUCAUGGCAAUGCUGGCAAUAUGGGUCAUCGAUUGCAGAAUAUAUUAGGACUGUAUCAUAAUAUUCAAUGUAAUAUUCUAAUGUUGGAAUAUCGAGGGUAUGGGCUGUCGCAGGGCACUCCAUCAGAGGAGGGCCUUUAUAUGGAUGCUCGAGCAGGAAUAAAUUAUCUGUUCAGUAGAACGGACAUUAAUACUAAUGAAAUCAUAGUAUUUGGUAGAUCACUAGGUGGAGCAGUAGCCAUCGAUUUAGCCACGAAGGAAGAAAAUUUGCAGAGAAUUUGGUGCCUUAUACUUGAAAAUACUUUCACUAGUAUCCCAGAUAUGGCCUCCUUAUUUGUAGGAUCUAAAUUUUUACAGUAUCUGCCACUUUUUGUAUACAAAAACAAGUAUUUAUCUAUUUUGAAAGUUCGUUCAGUCAUGGUGCCCGUUCUGUUCAUUUCUGGUCUGGCAGACACCUUAGUACCACCUACUAUGAUGCAGAAGCUUUACAAAAAUUGCCGAAGUACGUACAAGCGUAUACUUCCGAUCGUGGAUGGCACACAUAACGAAACAUGGUGUCAGUCGAAUUAUUAUCAAAACAUCAACACCUUUCUGACCGAACUUAGGGAAAAUCCACCUCCAAGGGUAACAUCUAGUCACUGGCAAAUCGAUAAUAUUUAG